CUUGACCUGAGCCAUUUUGGUUAAUUCACGAACUUACGCAAAACGAAAUAUUUAACAUAGAAAUAGGCAUUCACUGGGCGAUUGUCAUUCCAUGAGAGAUUUUUAAGACCCGCUGACAGGUAGAGAUUUAAAGGUGUUGGGGUACAGUCCAAACUUGCAGGUAGGCUCCGUCCCAGCUGAAGUAGCAAAAGAGUGUUGGAUGAAAAGCCGCGGCCAACAAUGACGUCGCUAUUUCCUGUGAUAGUGAGAGUGGGUCUACCGCAGUUCUACCCAGGAGAGGGAGGAGGAGAGUGAGCCGCUGGAUCCCGAACUGAAAACAAGCGCGGAGAAAUGUGCACGUCGUUUAGACCCGAUCGCUGCCCUCCACAUUUCACUAACGUAAACAUCGUCUGAAGAACCACGGUUUUGAUUUAGGACUUAAAACAUUGUUUUUAGUUACUCCUAAAACCCUCGUGCAAGUCUCAUUCCCACCGUGAACCAUGGCGGAGAGAAGUGGCCGGCUGAGUUUCCCCGGGAGUGGGGCUCUCAAUAGACCCGUGCCCAUGAACCUGUUCGCUACCUGGGAAAUAGAUGGAUCUUCUCCGAGCUGCAUCCCAAGGCUGUGCAGUCUCACUCUGAAGAAGCUGGUGGUGUUGAGAGAGCUGGAUAAGGAGCUAAUCUCUGUGGUCCUUGCGGUGAAAAUCCAGGGUUCCAAGCGGAUCCUGAGGUCUCAUGAGAUAGUGCUGCCCCCUGCUGGACUGGUGGAGACAGACCUGGCUCUCACCUUCUCUCUGCAGUACCCUCAUUUCCUGAAGCGAGAGGGAAACAAGCUCCAGAUCCUGCUGCAGAGGAGGAAGAGGUACAAGAACCGCACGAUCCUGGGCUACAAGACGCUGGCUGCAGGCUCCAUAGACAUGGCAGAGGUGAUGCAGCACCCGCCUGAGGGAGGCCAGGUGCUGGCUCUGUGCAGCCACCAGAAGGAAAUGCUGGGGAAGGUGGCGGAGAUCUGGAUCUCCUCCCUGUCCAGCCAGCCCAUCGACCACGAGGAGGCCGCGCUGCAGGGACAGAAGAUCAAAUGUUCUGACAACUACUCGGAGGAGGAGUAUGAGAGUUUCUCGUCCGAGCAGGAGGCCAGCGAUGAUGCUGUGCAGGGCCAGGACCUGGAGGAUGACGAGUAUGAUGUGAGGAAGCCAAAGAAGCAGAGGAGGUCUAUAGUCAGGACCGCCUCCAUCACCAGGCAGCAGAACUUUAAGCAGCGCGUCGUUGCUCUUCUGAAGCGCUUUAGGGUGUCAGAUGAGGUGUUGGGUUCGGAGCAGGACCCUGCAGAGCCGCCCCCUGAGGUGGAGGAGGACCUGGAGAGUCUGGAGUUUGAAAACCCCAGCGACAGCGGCCCGGAGAUGGACGACGACGACAGUGUUCUCAGCACCCCCAAACCCAAACUGAAGCCAUAUUUCGAGGGUCUGUCCCUGUCCAGUUCUCAGACGGAGAUAGGCAGCAUCCACAGCAUCAGGAGUCACAGAGAGCCACCAAGCCCAAUGGACCCAGACAAAACCAAAAGUGGCAGUGCUAAAUUCCAGCAGGACAGCAUCUCUGACAAUGUCUCUUUUGAGCUGCCAGAGGCGGUGACCCCCACCACUGAGCUGGAGAUGGACAACAUGGACACCUUCCUGGAGAGGCUCCCGCCCAGCGGGAAGAUGACCAAGACCGAGUCUCUCAUCAUUCCCUCCAACAGGCAGGAACCUAAGUUGGCAGGAAGAAGAGGGAGGAGCACGUCCCUGAAGGAGCGCCAGCCGAGCAGGCCGCAGAACGAGAGGGCCAACAGCCUGGACAACGAGCGGUCCCUGGACACACGCUGCCACCUACAGAUCCCCAGGAAGACGGUGUACGACCAGCUGAACCACAUCCUGGUGUCUGAUGACCACCUCCCUGACAGCAUCAUCCUCAUCAACACCUCCGACUGGCAGGGCCAGUAUCUAUCAGAUGUUCUUCAGAACCACCAUCUCCCAGUGGUCUGCACCUGCACCACAGCCGACAUCCAGGCUGCGUUCAACACCAUCGUAUCGCGCAUCCAGAGAUUCUGUAACUGUAACUCCCAGACGCCCAUUCCCAUCAAGAUCGCUGUGGCGGGGGCGCAACACUACCUCAGCGCCGUGCUCCGGCUGUUUGUGGACCACCUCUCCCACAAGACCCCUGACUGGCUGGGCUACAUGAGGUUCCUCAUCAUCCCUCUGGGAUCUCAUCCUGUCUCCAAAUACCUGGGCACCAUCGACCAUCGUUACAACUGUUUGUUCCAAGACGCUGCCUGGAGAGACCUGUUCCAUAAGCCGGAGGCUGGACUCCUGGGGCAGGAGAGUCCAGACGUGGUCUCCAGGGUUACCCAGUACAUGGUGGGGGCUAACGGAGCACACCAGCUCCCCAUCGCCGAGGCCAUGCUCACCUACAAACAACGCAGGAAAAAGAGCUUUCAUUUUGAUUUUGCAGUAAGUCUCUCUGUGUCCUCACUGGGGGGCAGAUGGCAGUGGACUCAAAGCCCGGACGAGGACUCGUGCCAGAAGUUCAUCCCUUUCAUUGGGAUGGUGAAGGUUGGCAUUGUGGAGCAGACCUCAGCCACAUCAGGGGACUCUGAUGACGCGGCCCCUGUGGGCUCAGCCCUCCUCUCCUCCACUCCUCCACAAGUGUCUCCUGCAAUGAAGGAGGCCUCCCCCACUCCUCCCUCUUCUCCCUCCGUCCAUACCAGCUUCAACAUUAGCAGUUCGCCGGGCGGGGGCCAGGGAGAGCUGAUGGGUCUGCAGGUAGACUACUGGGUGGCUCCAGCCGAGAGGAAGAGAGACGUGGAGAAGCGGGACUCCUCCUCCAAGAACACGCUGAAGUGCACCUUCCGCUCGCUGCAGGUCAGCAGGCUGCCUCAAGGGGGCGCCGACUGCAGCCCCCAGCCCACCAUGUCCAUGACAGUGGUGAUGAAGGAGAAGAACAAGAAAGUCAUGUUCCUGCCUAAAAAAACUAAAGACAAGGAGAUGGAGUCCAAGAGUCAGGUGAUUGACGGCAUCAGCCGUCUCAUUUGCACUGCCAAGCAACAGCAGACCAUGCUGAGAGUGUUGAUUGACGGUGUCGAGUGGAACGAUGUCAAGUUUUUCCAGUUGGCAGCACAGUGGUCUUCACACGUCAAACACUUCCCGAUCGGGAUCUUUGGACACACCAAAGGCCCUUACUAGUAGCCAAUGAGAGACUCGUAUGGAACCGAGGACAACUCCCUUUCCCCGUGUGCCAGUAGCCUUUAACCCGCCCCCCCAUCCCCUGAUCCCCAGACCCCGCCUUGGCACUUCAUCCCUUUCCUGGCUUCCAGCCCUGGCCCCCAGCCUCCGCCCCCCACGGUGCCUCUGCCCCUGUCCCCAGUCACCCUGCAUGCCCCUGCCCCCCCCCCACCACCACCAACCCUGGUCUCCAGUCCCCCAGCCCCACCCCACCCAAUCCCACCACGGCCUCCAACUGUCCCACUGUCUUAAUUUUACCUAUUUCUUCUGUUGUUUGUGAGUGUUUGUCAUUUUUUAUUUAUGUAAACACUUCUUGUGGCCUGAAUGUAAAGGGGAGAUCUUUUUUUCUCACCAAACUUUUAAAAAAUCCUACUGAUGCUUUUUUUGGUCUUUUGAUUGAAGAAAGACACAUUUUUAAUGAGCUAACCAUUAGAAUUUAUUGAAUUAAUGUCUAACAAUUAAGUUCCUGAGCUGUUCAUCCCUUAAAUGUUUAUUCUUUUUUUUACUUUGGCAAAGAUGGUUUAAAAUUCUUUGUCAGCACAAUUUAACAAUGUAACUAUUUAUCAAGAGUAUUUUGAAACCUAUAUAUCCCCGGAGAUAAAGACCAAAUGGAAGAGAGGUCUGUUCUCCUGGGUAGCACAGGGAGGAUGUCGGUCCUGAAAGACUUCAGGUCAAUCCCGUCUCUGGAACUCCACCGGCGUCAUCUGGUUUCACCUGAAGAAGACUGAGAUGUGCAAUAGAUGGUUUAUUCAAUGUGAACAAAAACUCCUGAGAAACUGCAACUGACCCUGCACUGUUGGUUCAUGCACCUCUGCUGGCAUUUACGACUUUCUUUUCUUUCUUUCUUUCUCUCUCGCUCUCUCUCUUUCUCUCCCAGCACUCCUCUCAACACUCCAUGUAUAUUUGCAGCUAAUACAAUUGGUAAUGUUACUAAAUGAUUACUCAUACAUUGCAGCUUUCAAUACCUGCCUCAAACUAUUGUCUUCUUCAUGAUGUACAGGUGAAUGUAAACAUUGAAGGUACCUUAAUGUAAAGCACUUUUAAAAUGCUUAGGUUAAUUCGAUUAUUAGUGGGGGGUUUACAUGCAUAAACAACUUGAUACCAACGACUGCAGUUCAUAGACAGUUACUGUUAUCUAUUACAGUUUAGAGCUGACAGUAUAAAAUACUAUGACAUGGCACAUUUCAUUUUAAGUAUUGCCAACCAUGAACCUGUACUUUAUCAGUAUUGUGCUAAAAGCAUCCUCAUCACGUUCGAUUGUCUGUUAGGCCUAACUGGACUAUAUGAAACAGUUGUAAUAAAAUGCUUGUACAGUCGGCCUAAAUAGAAUGUUAGAAAAGGUAUAGCAACCAACGCAACUUUUCACAUAACCUUUUACAGCCAUACAAUUUGUUUCAUAUCCUACCUGUCCUGUGCAUAUGACAUGGUGUACAUUUGUAGUUGUAUUUAUCCACAAAACAAGUAGCCGUAACAAAUAUUGCUUAACAGAAGUGCCACAGUUGCCUACAUUUUAUAAUUUAUUUGAGUAGUUUCCAGGCUUGAACGCUUUGGGCCCAACUGUUGGAUGGGCUGCAAGUUUAGUGCUGUAGGCUCUGAAAAUAACCAUUCCUCAAAGAAACGUAAGCAUCUUCAUGUUGAAAUGGUAACACUUUUUAUUUCCUCAUCAAGGAGUAUGUUUAAUUGUUUCGCCUGAUGAAAAGUGGAUCGAUGGAUGCCCAGGAAACUACCAUCGUUAUCCCAAUGUUGAGAGUAAUAAAACUAGACACACUAAA